AUGGAACCACACAUGAAUCAGAAUAUAGAAACUCAAAACCCAUCAGCAAAAAGACUAGCUGAUAAGGUGGCAGUGGUAACUGGUGGUGCAAGAGGAAUUGGUGCAACUGCAGCUAAGCUGUUUGCGGAAAAUGGAGCACAUGUGGUCAUUGCUGAUGUGCUUGAUGAUGUAGGAGCCAAGGUGGCUGAGUCCAUAGGCGGUCGCUACAUACACUGUGAUGUAUCAAAGGAAGAUGAUGUUGAAUCUGCCAUUAACUUUGCACUGUCAUGGAAGGGCCAUCUGGACAUCAUGCUCAGCAAUGCUGGAAUUGGAGGGCCUGAGGGAAGAAGCAUCACAACCAUUGACAUGGAUCAAGUGAGGCAUUUAUUUUCCACCAACCUUCAUGGAACAGUGCAUGGGAUCAAACAUGCUGCAAAGGCAAUGAUCAAAGGUCAAAGAGGAGGAUCCAUCAUAUGCACUUCUAGUGUUGCAGCCGUAAUGGGUGGUUUGGCCUUGCAUGGAUACACCAUGACAAAAGCAGCCAUAGAUGGAUUGGUGAGAAGUGCUGCUUGUGAGUUGGGAGAGCAUUUGAUUCGUGUUAACUGCAUCUCACCACAUGGGAUUCCCUCUGAGAUGCUUCUCAGUGCUUUCAAAAGGUUUGCUAAUGUUGAUCUUACCCCUCAGUGUUUGAAUGAGUUUAUUGGGACAACGGCAAGUUUGCUGAAGGGGAGAGGAGCAACCAUUGAAGAUGUAGCACAAGCUGCUUUGUUUUUGGCUAGUGAUGAGUCUGGUUUCAUAACAGCACACAAUCUUCGUGUAGAUGGAGGAUACACAAAUGCUGAUAGUAGAAUGAGUUACAUGUACCAACCUAAAAAAGAUGAGAAAAUAAUCAUUUAA